AUGUCAAAUCUUACAAAAUUGGAUUUUGGGGCUCUUGAUAUUUCGGGAAAGAACUAUUUGACAUGGGCCCUAGACGCCCAAAUUCAUUUAAGCGCAGAAGGUCACGGUGACACUAUUAAAGAAGGAAAUAAAUCAUCUGAUCAACAAAAGGCAAAAGCCAUGAUAUUCCUUCGUCGUCACCUUCACGAGGAUCUUAAAAAUGAGUAUCUUACCGUAACUGACCCACAUGUCUUGUGGAAAAAUUUGAAAGAUAGAUAUGAUCAUCAAAAAAUGGUUAUCCUACCAAAAGCUCGAUAUGAAUGGAUGCAUUUACGUUUGCAGGAUUUUAAAAGUGUAAGUGAUUAUAAUUCUGCAAUGUUUAGAAUAACUUCUAAGUUAUUAUUAUGUGGAGAAAAAGUAACUGAUGAAGAUAUGCUAGAAAAAACAUUUUCCACUUUUCAUGCAUCCAAUGUGCUCAUGCAGCAGCAGUAUCGAGAAAAGGGGCACGACCACUAUAGAAAAAAUCGUGGUCGCGGUCGUGCAUACGCACGUGGUCGUGGUCGUAAUUAUGCUCAUGGUCUUGGUUUUGAUCGUGGUCGCAAUGGGAAUCAUAAAAACACAUAUUUCCACCCGAAGUGGAAAAAUGUUGAAAAGAAUGAAAAAGAGGGUCAGAGUAGCAAAACAAAUGAAAAUAUUUGCUAUCGUUGUGGAGGAAAAGGUCAUUGGAGUCGCACUUGUCGUACUCGAAAACACCUUGUUGAUCUUUAUCAAAAAUCACUAAAAAAUAAAAAGGAAAGGAUCGAGACUCACUUUGCUAAUGAAGAUGAUGAUUCAGAUUACGGUAAUAUGGAUGUUACCCAUUUAGAUAUUGAUGACUUCUUUGCUGAUCCAGAUGGAAAAAUUGAUCACCUUAUUGGAGAUGGAAGCGUCAAGAAAUAA